UGUUAAUGAGUGGCAACACACAAUAAAUAUCUCUUUAUAGCUUGUUGAUGCAGAGUGGCAACGCUACGUUUGUUUUGGGCAUCAUGCUUACAGUUUAGGAGUCACACACACAAAACGCCGACAACAUGGCCCACUCAAUGCCGCCAGAAAACCUAAAUAGCCACAUACUGGCCGUGCUAAACCUGCCGCUGAUAGACAAAAUACAGCAGUUGGAGCUAUUGUUCGAAAGAUGCACCGUUCGACAAAUUCAAGAAAUUUUUCCACUUAUCGUCCACUCAAUAUUUGGCCUUAAUGGCAAUAUUUUGGGAUGGGGAUUGCGAACGACGACGAUGGAGAACGCGCCGCAUUAUUUCACAACGCUGCAACGAUUCUUUGGGGUGCGUGGCGUCUGGAUGCACAUUUGCCACCGGCUGCUCAACGAAACAACAAAAUUUGAUAUCGACAUCAACUUGUUGCCGCGGAAGUUCAUUGCAAUGCUGCAAGCCGGACCCAUGUUCUAUGCGGAUCUAAUCAACAUCGAUCCACUGCGGCAUCAAGUUAGCACCUUAUCAUUGAACACCUUUGAGUUCUACAUGUUACACUUUGUACUAUACGCGUUGCAACCGCUGCACACAGUCAAUCCCAUUGCCAUGCAGAUCCACAGCGAACGCAGCACGACCAUCUAUCAACGUCUCACCUCCGAAUAUCUGGACAACUUUCUGCCCCAGUUGCCGGAUGCGGCUAUCGAACCAAUGAACUUUUGCAGCAGCGUCAAGGCGCCGCAACAGAUUCCUGCGCAAGCGUUGCAACCGCAGCGACAACUGCGGUACCUCAAGCUGCCCAGCUCCUAUCGCAAUGGCAACGGGCAGGGAAGCGUCAUCAAUGCAGGCAACACAUCGCCACAGUCUGGCGAAAGUGGCGGCGCCGGAGGACGUGGUUAUAUGUGGCGUUCGGAGUCGGUGUUGUAUUUCUUUGUGGAUAUCUGGCUGCGUUACGAUAUCGAAAUGGAGCAUCAUCUACCCAGCAGCGAUUUUGUGCGCGGCGUUCGCACGCUGAUCAAGCAGAUUCAUUUCUUUGCAAAUACAGCGCGUUUGGAUCACAGCUCGAUGUGUGCGCUUCGGAAGGUAUCGCUGAGCAUGGUCAAGGCACGCAUAUAUGCAUUCAUAUGCAGUUUGAUCGAUCGAUGGCCACUGGACAGUUCGCUAGGUGUUGUGCUGGAGCUGUGGAUGAGCUAUAUACAACCUUGGCGUUACAAUUUAACCUCUACCGAGAACAGAACUUUGGGAGUCCAAUAUGAGCCGCCAAUAGGCACUUGUUUCGAUGGUUUCAUUAUAGACAAUCUCAUCGUCUACACGCACAUUUUUAUGCAACUAAUGCCGCGCUUUGAGCGUCUAGAUUACUCCGUCUAUCGCAAUGCCUACAUGCUGCAUCGAUUGGCCAAAACGUUUUCGCAGCCUGGCUUGGUGGAGCGCCUGCAACGCUUCGAGCGUCUGCACUCGGGCAACACAUAUGGUUUUGAUUCGCCACAGCGACAAGUGAACGUGCUAAACAAGUCAAAUAAUAGCUCUGCAAACAGCUCGUACAAUGCACAAUGGAAUCCGCUAGUUAGCAACAACAUUCCUAAGCUAUUCAGUGACCAAAUGUAUGAACAGAUUCAGAGUUUCCUUUUUAUUAUCAGUAUGGCACGCAAUUCCGUGCUGUCGGAUAUUAGUGCUUUGAGGCGCGAGAUCUCAGAGCGUCAACGCUCCGAGGGAUACAUUAGAAACCUGUUCAAAAAACUACUAGGUGAAUGCACGCAAGAUGAGUUGACGCUGCGCGAAUUGAGUCGCAUUCCGGAGGUGCUGCGUCAAUGCAUCGAUUCACUUUGUCGCACUUUUAAUGUGGAUGCUGGCAGCUUGUCGAUGCAUGAAACACUGCCUGCCGAAUCGAGCUUACCCGCAUCACCUUCAGGGCAAAAUCUAAGCUUUUUCGAUUCGAAUGAUUGCUUAGAUCUGUCCAAAGUGACACCGCAUCAUAUGUCUUUGAAUGCCUCCAAUAUGCAGCCCACUGUGGAUCCCGCACUGCUGCCCAUACAAUCGAAUGAGAUAAAGCCGCUGAUACGACUGCUGCAUCAAAUAUCUGAGAGCAUCAAUAAGAAAUAUGCCAGAAAAAUACAAGGAUGUUAUGCUCGGCAAGAUUAUGUUGGCAAGCUGUCGCGACAGGUGUUGAGUGCGCCCAUGACGGAGAAAUGGUUUGAGAACUUCGAGGGCAAUGUAGACAUGUUUGAGAAGCAGUUACCGGCCAGAAUUAAUCUGCGUGGUUUGGGCUCCAUACCAAACCUAUUGUUGAUUGCGCUUGCUCUACUCUUUGGACAUCUAUUUUGUGGUGGCGCAUUCGUUGGGCUAUUGUUAUUGUGUUUGCUGUUCCAUUUUCAAAUGGUUCGGCAUGAUUCGUACUCUCAUAAAAGAAACUCUUAUCACCUGUAAUAAAGUAUCAUAUAUCAUCAC